GUCGGAUCAACAAUCAUGAGCAGCGUGUGAUACUCCCACUAAAGACUAUCGCAUAUUCAAAUGUCAACAGUAGCAGUGCGCGGUACGCCCUCGUCCUGGUAUAGACCAGUCCCAGGCCAGGAGAACCGGAACGUCGCAGCAGAGGCGUAUCAGACGGCAAUCGAGUAUCUUAAGGAUGAGCUAGGGAUCUCCCUGGAUGGUCCAGUGCCUAAUGGAUUCAACGCAUCUGUACAGGACGUUUUCACGAUGGUGGAGACAGCGAAAACAGAAUAUGACGGCAAGAGCAGGGGUCGCAAGCACACGGGCAUGAGACAAUCACUCGAAAGACUCUCUUCGCGCAUCAUGUACUACGGCAAAGUCAUGGACACUCUGGCGCAGCACCAUCCUGAGUAUGUAGCUCUGGUUUGGGGUGCUAUGAAGCUCAUUCUUACGGGCGUUAUCAACCGAGCCAACCUUUUUGAAAGGUUGUCGCAAGCUCUCAUCGACAUUGCAAACGUAUUGCCGCGGAUGGACCUUAGUGCAGAACUAUAUCAGACGAAGUACAUGGAAGCUGCUCUCUCACAGCUGUUCACGUACAUCAUCCUCUUCUUGCGUCUCUGCGUCCGCUGGUACAACAAGAAUCCACUUAGUCGAAUAUGUUCUGCCAUCAAGACGCCUUUCGAACUCGGCUACCAAGACCUGUUGGAGCAUAUUCGAGAGUGUUCGAAAGCAGUGGAUGACCUCGCCAACGCAGGGGCUCGAGUCGAAGUUCGUGAUGUCCGCAUUCUGACAGAAUUGCAACAUGCACAUAUUCGAGAGCUUGACGUGAAGCUGCUCAAGGUGCUGGAUGAGCAGGAGAAGUUCAGAGCUCAAGUGGUUCAGUUGCUGCGGAUUGCAACUUCGCACAAGAGCGUUACAGAGCGAGUAAGCGUCGACGUCUGUAACAUAAGCCAAACAGUAUAUCGCAUCGAAUUCAAUGAAGCGAUGCGAUUCUUUAAGCCGAAGGUAUUACCCGAGAUCGCACUGCUCAAAGUUAGGUCCUUCGUACGACGUGACAUGACUCCAAGUUUACCUAGCUUUGCUGGACAGAGGAUACGAAAGACGAUUCUGGAAUGGGCUUCUGGAAACACACCCUCGUUCCUGAUCGUUGAGGUGGGCCUCCGUGCGCAAAAACAGGCGAAAGAACUGGCAACGAAUGUGAUAGAAAACCUGAAACCGAAUAGCCAAUGCGUUUUCUGGGAUCUGUCAUCAACUCGAAGUUCUCCUAGUGCGCACACCAUGGUGGCGCUGUUCAAAGGCAUCAUCUUCCAAAUACUCCAACAGUCCAGUAAUUUGUUCAGUAACUUUACCGAGCAGUUGAACCUCUCGAAGAUCAACGCUGCUCAUACAGAUCGCGAGUGGGUCGACCUUAUCUGCCUCCUCUUUUCCAAGAUACCGACAGCUUUCAUAGUCAUUGAAACUGAGGCACUUCAAAAGGCCUAUCAACAUGACUCCAGUUGGAUUGAACGCCUCUUCGGACAUCUGCAAAAAAUUGUCGAGCAGAGUUCCGCAUCGGGAUGCGAGCUGAAACUUCUCGUCAUUAUGUAUGGGAGCUCUCAUCGAUUCACCGCGGCUACUGCAAGCUCGAAGAACGUACGUGUCGCGAAAAUGCAGCCGCCAACUCCAUUACCUCCACAUUUGCGGCAUGUGGCGCGUCGAUCAGGUCUGGAAACUAAGGGAUGGAAGAUGCGAAGCCCUAAAGGACGAGAUCAGUGAUGAGUGUCAUCAGCCGUGGUCCGGCAGAAGCUGUAUCAUUUUCGGUAGCUUCUUGAAAUUCAAAUGUGUUACCCUAGGCCUUUGGUCAAUUGUUCGCUGUUUGAGCGGAUAUCGAAGCAUACAUGGUGCAAAAGAAGCC